AUGUGGAAGAGUUCAAAAUAUAAAAGUCCAUUGGUGAAAGAAGUUUGGAUUACAGCUGCUUGUUCAACCCUCAAAGAGCUUUGGUUUCAAAAAAAUAGGAAAAUAUUUGAGAAUAUUAAGCCAAAUGAACAACAGUUCAAAUGCAGAAUCAAAAAACUGGUCUUUGAAGGUGGAUUAAGAAUAAAAGGCAAUAAGUGGAACCAAAAUUAUGAUCACAGGAUUAUAUCAUUCUUCAAUCUGGGUUCUAGAAACUUUAAGUUUCAAUGCAUCAAAGAAUGUUACUGGUUCCCUCCUCCAAUUGGUUAUACAAUGUUUUGUUGUGAUGGUUCAUCCUUUGGCAACCCAGGUACAGCUGGAUUUGGAUUUGUGAUUAGAGAUCAUGUAUGUCAGGUGAUUGGAGUGUUAUCUGGAGGCUUAGGCAUUGCAACCAAUUACAUAGCAGAAAAUUAUGCACUACUGUGUGCAGUGGAAUUGGCAGGUGAAUGGCGAUUACAGAACAUCAUUCUGUGUUCAGACUCCAAAACAAUAAUUGAAGAUUUUGCCAGAGAUCAAGUCCCAUGGUUCAUUAGAAAGAGAUGGCAGAAGGCAACAAGUAAAGUUUCUUCCAUCAUUUUUCAGCACAAUCUGAGGGAGGUAAAAUUUUCUGCAGACAUAGCAGCUAAGCAAGGAGCAAGAUUGGCAGCAGGUGAAAGACAAAUGAUUCUUGGAAGACCAAAUUUUCUUCCAGAGUUGAAAUGCCAGAUGUUACAUAUUACAGGUUUUGUUAGGGAGUAUAUUUCUGUCUAA